UGUCAACUGUCAGAUAAUUUGUCAAUUGUCCGGUUUCGGGUCCGUGUUUUGAAAAUUGUUUAUUUAAAAAUUGAUAAAAAUAAAUAACUUGUGUCACGGAAUAUUUCUUUAAUCAUCAAGAGCAUAAAAUGCUCAAAAGUGUGAAUAAGAAAUACCUCUUCACAUUGUAUGUCUCCAUUAUUCGGCCGUGCUUCGUUUUGGCUCAAACGAAUAUGUCCACCGGCAGUGUAGAUGCAGAUAAAUAUUCUGUCGCCUAUGUGACUGUACCUAAUAAAGAUGUGGGUAAAACUAUAGGGCACGGUUUAGUCAAAAACAAAUUAGCCGCCUGCGUCAAUAUUGUGCCUGAAGUUACAUCCAUAUACGAGUGGAAAGACGAAAUCAAUGAAGACAGUGAGGCUCUGCUUAUGAUAAAGACGCGCACAUCCCAAGUGGACAAGCUGACUGAGUAUGUGAGGUCUGUACACCCAUAUGAGGUGUGCGAAGUAAUCUCAUUGCCCAUCAAGAAUGGAAAUCCGCCAUAUUUGAAAUGGAUUGGGGACACGGUGCCAGAAACAAAUUAGAAUGUAAUAUUUUUUUUUUUAUUUUGCUUGUAGAUACCAGAAUUACAGUAUUUGGCAGCAUUUUUUUUUAUUUUUUUUUUUUGAUGGCCUAUCCAGUCUUUGCUUGUAAUCUAGAAAUCCCAUUAUUACCAAAGUGCCUGUACUGGCAAAAGUGUAAAAAUACUGGUUUUAUGAAAUCAGCCGGUUAAAAUUAUUUUUUAACCCUGCCAUUUCGAUGACUGCCAUAUUGACCUUUAUUAAAUAAUUAUAAUAACUUUUAAAACCGGUGAUGAGUUUGGCUGGCUAAAAUUUACUCUAUGCAAAUUCAUGAAAAAAAAAUGUGUCUGAAACAUCUUGUACCGAAUCGUAAAUCUAUGGUCUGAAACCUUAUAUUAAUAAAUCUAUGGUCUGAAACCUUAUCUUAUUGUUAUGUUGGUCAACCAUAAACAAUUUUAUUGAUGUUUGCAAUAUUUACUGCCAAGUUCUGUAUGUACAUAGAAGAUUGAGUUAUAUAGACAAAUGUAUUGUAUGUAAUGAAUUAUGCUAUAUGUAGGUAUGUAUGUAUAAAUAAGUAUGUAGUUAGCAUAUGAGCUUAUUAACUAGCAGAUGACCACAAUUUAUUUCACGACACAAUCAGUGUAGACAGAUAGGCUUCGACCAUGGCCGUGACCUCCGUGGUGCUGUGGUAUGCGCGGUGGAUUUACAAGUCGGAGUUCCUAGGUUCGAUCCCCGGCUGGGCCGAUUGAGGUUUUCUUAAUUGGUUUAGUUCUGGCUGGUGGUGGUUGGCUAGGCUUUAGCUGUGGCUAGUUACCACUCUACCGACAAAGACAUACCGCCAAACGAUUUAGCGUUCCGGUACGAUAUCAUGUAGAACCUGAAAGUGGUGUGGAUUUACACUCCUCCUCACAAGUUAGUCUGCUUCCAUCUUAGAUUGCAUCAUCACUUACCAUAAGGUAAGAUUGUAAUCAAGGGCUAACUUGUAAAGAAUGAAAAAAAUAAAAUAAAGCUACCCGCCUACCGGCAGAAAUACCGCAAAGCUACUUGUAUAAUUUUUAGCCUAUGAUUUCUACAAAAUUCAUUAAAAUAAGUUCAGAUGUGAAAAUGCUACACACACAGACAGACUUACAUUCACAUUUAAAAUAUUAGUAUAGAAUAAAUACUGUAGGUACUUUAUUUUUCAAGAUUAUAAUGCUUUUUACGUUAAAAUAAUGUAUGUAUUUUAUUAAUAAAUCAGUUAUGAGUUGUCUAUUAAACAAUUGUAUAUGUUAAUGUUAAUAUUGUCUUGAAAAAAAAGAAGUCUCACAUUUUCUUGUUUCUUCAUACUGUCUAGUUAAAUAGUUAAUGUGGCAAUAAAAUGUAUAUAAAUGUU